UUUGAACCACAAGUCCCAGCACAUCUCUAAGAGACCCACCUCUUCCCUCCCUGCUCCCUCCCUCUACCGCCCCUGUUUUGUUGUUUGGCUAAAGAUGGCGUUAGCGGCUAACACAGGCGAUUGCAUUUUGUUUCACAAAAAUUAUUCGGCCAGUGGUAAAAAAAACAUUGUUCAAAUAGAGCUUUAAUUCGUCAUUUGAUGUAUAAAUAUGUUUUACAUUGAGCAAAUACACGUCCAUUACGUAGAAAAACGCUUGUUCGGCCUCCUCACGGUGUAGGCCCGUUUGAAGGGAGUGGACCGGAGCUGUUGGAACUCCAUAUCCCGUCAGCGAGCGCGGCGUCAGGUGGUACAACUUUCCUUUUUGAUGGUAUCUGUAGUUCCCUGACCACGCUAGAAUGUUGUUAUGUUUUGCGGAAACUUUGAAAAAAUAUGAACAGACUUACGGACAGCACACGUUCACCACAUGAGCGAGUUUAAAGUGAAAGGACAUGUUUAAUUUCACAGUAUUGCACUGGCUGCGUCCAGUGAUGUUUCACAGUCUGUGUGAUAUCUGUCCAAACUGAGGGGAAGAACACCAAUACAAGUGAACUCGUAGCCUGCCAAUCAGAAGAACCAUGGCUGCAUUACCUGUGCAAGGUGACUGGAAACAAUCUCGGGCACCUACCAGAGAAGGGCCCCCAUCAUCACCAGAGUCUUCUUUGACCUGGUGCUUGGCUCACCUCUCCAAAGCCGGAUCAGGGGCUGAACACCAUGGGCAUGGCAAGGGUGACUCAGGCGGUGGCAGAGAAACUGACAAGAGAUGCAGAAUUUCUCAAUGGCGAGCCUUGGUUGCUAUCCGGACACAACACAUCAAGGGUGACAAGGCAGGCAUUGCGAGGUUCAGAGCUCAGGGGGGUCUCCGGCCCCUUCUGGACCUACUCAAACACCCAGAUUGCUCCAGGAAAACUCUGGACCUGGCUCUGAGCAUCCUGGCAAACUGCUGCACUGAGCUGGAGACUCGUAUAGAGGUUCGUAAGCUUGAUGGGAUAAAUGUUGUAGUGGAGAUCCUGAAGAAAAAUGUGGCUUUGGAGACCGUCCAGAACCGAGCAGCCCGAGCUUUGGGGAACUUGGCCAUGGACCCAGAGGGCUCUGUACUCAUCCACUCUGCUGGUGGUGUUCCUCUUCUUCUUCUUUGUGUGUCUCUUUCUUCUGGCCCGUCGUCCCCCACUGCUGCUCCACCCAAAAACACCUGUCCUAAACUGGAGUGUGCUCAGUCGGCUGCUCGAGCUCUCCUCUACCUCUCAGAUACGCCCUCGAACCGCCUGUCACUGCUCACCCUUGGGACCUUAUCUGCUCUCGCCCCUCUCAUCGCUCCAGAAUAUCCCCAGGGACUGAGGCGGGCAGCUCUCAGGACCCUCCAUGAGCUGACCCGGGGCUGUGGUGUUGAAUGUGCUAGGGAGGUGUCCCGUUCUGGAGUCCUCGCUCAGCUUGGUGUCAUGGCAUCGGGGGAGUCUGGUAAACCGUUUGAGGAGCUGGCACUGAAAACCUUGGCCAACAUUUGUUCUCAGGGUUGCCUGCGCCCCCUCGUGGGGUCAUUGGGGGUCAUUCAGAAGUUUACAGAGGAGGUCAAGAAGGACCCACUCAAGUCUGGAGUCUUCCUCAAGGCACUGUGCUUGUGCUGCAAGGAGGCAGUCAACCGGGCCAAGGUGAAGGAGAGUGGUGGAUUGGAGGUGCUAAUUGGCUUUUUGGCUGCCCAUCAGAGUCAUCCACUUUCCAGACUAGCCAUCCUGGCCUGUGUAGACUUUGUUUUUGAUGAAUCUGCUAUGGAGCAGUUGCAAGAGUUAGGGCUGGUCCCCCUGCUUGUUGCACGACUCGUUGAGCUCACCAGAGGCGAGGAACAGUCUGCUGAGAAGAUGGAUGUGAGCCUCUCCUCCAGUGUGUCUCCCACUGAACUCCUACCCUCGUCAUGCUUUGACUCCUUUGACUUUCCUCCACCUGAGAGCUGCAAGAAGGAGGAAGCUGGUAGGGAGCAAGGUCUGUCGAGUUCAUCGAGCUUUUUAAGUCUCAGGUCCUGGUUGGUCUCUGAGGGAUUGAUUUCUUCAGAGGGGGAUCUGCUGGAUUCCUCUGGUGUUGAAGGAGAAUGGGGAAGUCUUCAGCUCCAUACGUCUCCAUCUCCUCAAACCUCCUCCCUAAACCCUGAUUCCCUUUCCUCUCUUAAAAACUCUUCCCCAUCCAACCCUACUCUCUCUUCUGCUUCUAAAAAAGCAGCUCAGCCUUCUUCCGUGUCUUCUUCGGGCCAAUCCCAACUGUCGUCUGCAUGGAAAAUCAUCGAUCCACCUCCCUCUAGUCCUCAACCGUCUACUGCACUUACACCCCAAAGUAAGCCCAGUUCCUCCAGUAACUCCUCACCCACUAAGACAACCCAAACACCAGUCUCUCCGUCAAAGUUCUCGUCUCCUCACAGAAGAAGGCAGCGUGCUCAUACAGCAGCUUGUCUGACUAAAGUCACGCUUGAUACCCCUCCCUCUGUGCCUCGUCCAAUGGCUUACCACCACCCCUACCACCCUGAACCUUGGACGCCCGAGUCACCCAUCCUGCUGCUGCUGUCCCGCUUCUCCCACGCCACUGACCCGAGUGCUGCUCUGAUCAGCUCUGGCGUCAUGUCCGGCUUGCUCUGCUACCUCACUCAGCACCGGGACCCCAGCAGCAGGUGCCUCCGUAUGCUUUGCCGGCUGAGCUGCAACCCGAACUGUUUGCAGGCGCUGGUCCGAACCGGCUCGGUCGCACUGAUUCGUCACCAUCUCUGCCAGAGAGAGGGAGGAGGUGAGGGAGAGGAGAGGCAGACCGACCGAGUCAAGGCUAAGGUCAAACAACUUGGUGUUUCUCUUCUUAAUAAUCUGCGUGUCCAGUGUGAGUCUGGAUUUGGUUCAGGGGUUCUUGCCCAUGUGAUGCUGUCAGGCUCUGAGUCUGACAAGAUGAACUGUGCGCUGUCUCUGCCAUUAAUCAGCAGCAACAAGUCCCUGUUGAAGAAACUUCUUCUGGACAGCGGUGGACUACUUCUGGCUCUGCAGCCCCUCAGCUGCGAUGACGAUGAUGCAGAUGAGGACCACCCCGCUGAAUGUGGAAAGUUGCUUUCUGAUUGGUUCGGUUCACCACAUUCAGGUAUGACUUCUCAGCUCCACUCGCUGUACUUCUCCCUCCUGAUUGGAUGCUUUUCACCCCUGAUGGGUGGCAUCAAAAUGGAGCUGGACAGAAAACAUCUUAGUCUGGAUACAGCACCGUCAGUUGUUAAAAUUGACAAAGUUUCACCGCCUCCAUCGAAAAAGCCUCGUCUGGCUGACAUCUGUCCUUAUGGAGUGUCGAACUUUGACCUACUCUUGCUGCUGGACGAUGGGACUCGGGUCCCGGCCAACAGGGAGGCUGUGGCUGGGGUGGAGGGGUCACGCGAUGUUGGCUCUGAAUACUUCUGGGCUCUGUUGAGAGGCGGAUUUGGAGAAGCUCAGAGUAAUGCAGAGGAAGCCAUCCACAUUAAAGAUGUCAGCGCAGGUAUGCUGCUACCAGUACUGCAUUACCUGCAUGGCUGUCGCCUCACAAGAGAAAGUGAUGAAGGAGAGAGGAGAGGACGAUGUCAGAUUUUGGACACAUUGGUCCAUGAAGGCCUGGGCAUCUGCCAAAAAGAGACAGAUGAUCACUCAACUCAAGACUUAGCUUUCCAGAAAACAGCUUUAGGCGAGAUGAUGAUCGGAGCCUGCAGAUUUUUGGUGACCGAGCUGCAGAGAGAGUUGGAGGAUUUGUGUGUCUCUCUUCUCCUGUCCUGCUCCACCAAGGCUGCUAGCCAAGCUACAUCAACUCCCACAGAGGACAUCGCUGCCUCUAAAAGUGACCGAGAAGGCCUCGAGUCUGUUGAGGAGAACCUGGCUAAUCGAACAUCUGAGUUGGAAUUGACAGGUUUUGACUUGCAGACAGAAAAUUUACGAGGGCAGAAGAAGAAACCAAACAUUUCGCUACAGCAGACGGACGGUAAUAAAACAUCUUUUGCUGGAACUGUUCAAAAGGCCAGUAGAGGAUUCAGUACAACUUCAGACCGCAAGACAAUCAAAAGUGUCAUUCCAGUUUCCAAAUCAAGUUGUGCAUCAGCGGUGGACAAAUCAGUCGAUCCAGAACAGUUGAGGUUAAGACCAAAGAACUUAAUGAAAAGCUCAGCAGCUCAGGAGUCCCUUUCUUCCUCAGAAUCCAGUCCUGGACGUGGGGCACUGGCUGCUCUCCUCCCCCAGGUAUACUGGUUUUCCCAGCGGUACAGCUACCCUGCACUGGGCCGGGCCUGCCUGUCUUUGCUGCUGGGUUGUCACGAUUGUCCUCGGCCCUUCUCGUCCUCCUCUAUUGCCGGGGAUUGCCUUCGCAGACUUGCCAGAGAGGCCGACUGUAGAGAGACUCUGAAACAGGAUCUACUAAGUUUGGCCACGGUGGCUCUGAGCUGAGGUGAAACACUGAGAGGGCACAGAUUAAGUGAGAGUUAACUUUUGGGGGCUUGUUAUAAGCUUCUAGAAAAGUUGCCAAUGUAUUAAUCGUAUGAAAUGUCUGGAAAUGCAGGUUACGACAACCACAUGAGUAACAGAAACACAUGCUGUAUGAAUCGUGUCAUCACCAACUGUUGAUUUAUUUUCAUAAACUCGAAGCUUAUAUUUGUAUUUAGUUUUGAUGUAGACUGAUAGAAACUGUAGCCUGUCCCAGCAUGGCAUCAUCGUAAUAUAACUUCUGAUGACAUUUAUAUUGUGAUUUUUUUUUUUUUUUUUUAAUUUAGGAAAAAGUCUAAAGAAAUGUCCGCAGUGCAUUUGAUAAAUGUCAUUUAGCUGAAGUGAUCAGGGUUUGGUCUCCAAACCAGUUGUUUAUUUUGUACAGAAAGAUAAUAUGGAUUAGCAGAUAUACAGCACAGAGACUUCAGCUGUCACACAUUAAUUUAUGCCACUGAACAUAAUGUUGGAACAUCACUUUGCUUUUGGUUUCUUGUUGUUGCGGUGUGGGUAUGCAGACUGGCCACAGUAAUCUAAAUUUGCUAUAUUUGGCUUUGCGGACGAAACUUGUUAAUCGAUCAGUUUAGGGCUGGCUUUGGUCUUUUCAUGUUUUUUUUUUUUUUUUUGUUUUUUGUUUUUUGACAAUGAGAAAAAUAUGCCUGUAGAGCUGAACACAUAAUGUAUAAAAGACCCCAUAUGAAAUAGCAGUGCAUUCUGCUGGGAUACUUGAAAUAGUAGAACAUUUCUGAUACAGGACUUGAGGUCUGAUCAAGUUGUAAAAGUGAGCACUACUAUGAAUUAAACAAAAUAAGUGGCACUCAUUAUAA